UUCUUUGUGCGCUGUAAAACGCCUCGUUGUUGUGCCGAGCGGGCGGUGAGCGUCUCUAUGCGGUUGCGCGAGCUGGUUGCAGACUCGCACGAGGGUGUCUGAUUUCCACCCACAAACCCCGCUCCGCUCACCCUCCCGAUGCCGAUGUUGACAAAGAGCCGGAGCAGGAGGAUGGUCACUCGAGCUACAGCGCCAGUCUGAGACCCCUGACGGCACAUCAGCUCGGAACAACGACUAGCGGACCUCACUGUGUGGCAGAUUUGCUAGGAUUCGGAACCGCAGUGGGGCUGUAGGUAGGACGCUUCAGUUAGGACGGUUCAGCGGAGGAGAUCCGGGAUGACCAGAAGCCAUCCGAAAGCAUCUACGCACCGAAGCAUGCACGCGGCCCGGUGGGCUUCGUGAUGUUUUGAACGGUAAUCGUGAAGCAAGACGCUGGACCUCACCGGGGACUCCGCUUUCUCCCGACGCCUUGCGGGGCCCAAGCCGUGCCUCAAGCGCGAGAGCAUGGGUCGGUGCGACGGGAGGUGCACGCUGGUGGUCAUCUGCUGUCUGCAGCUGGUCGCUGCAUUACAGAGGCAGGUGUUUGACUUUUUGGGAUUUCAGUGGGCUCCCAUCCUUGCCAAUUUCCUCCAUAUCAUGGCCAUCAUUUUGGGAGUGUUUGGAACUGUGCAAAUCCGCUCAAGAUAUCUUAUACUGUAUGCUGUGUGGCUUGUGGUCUGGGUUGGCUGGAACUCUUUUAUCAUCUGCUUUUAUCUGGAAGUUGGUCACCUGUCACAGGACAGGGAUUUCCUAAUGACAUUUAACACAUCGCUUCAUCGUUCCUGGUGGAUGGAGAAUGGGCCUGGUUGCUUUGUUACUCCAGUGCCUGACUCACCAUUGGCUCCUCAGGAUCAUCAUGUGAUCACUGUCAGUGGCUGCCUACUGGACUACCAAUACAUAGAGGUGGUCAGCUCAGCCUUGCAAGUGUUUCUUGCACUCUUUGGAUUUGUUUACGCCUGCUAUGUUGGUAAAGUCUUCCUGGAUGAUGAGGACACCUUUGAUUUCAGUGGUGGAUUGGACUCGUAUAGUUACCAGCCUCCACAAAAGAGUUCUCAAUUACAGAUGCAACCUCUCUAUACGGCUGGAUAGAAACCUGAGGGAAAAAGCUGCUUAUCGCUGACCGAUGAAGUCCUCUGCAUUGUGGGAAAUGUUCUACCAGCUUCAACGUCUGUGUCUCUUGAACUUUGUCUCCCUCUAUUGGAGAAAAUCUAUAGUGCAGCACCAGCCAGAGUUCUGGAGAGAGAACAAGCGUAUGGACAGGACCACAACAAGAUGCUUAAAGCCUCAUUGAGACAAGCAUUAUUAAACAGGACUUGAAGACAGUAUCAGAUCUUCUGUGUGUGAGAGAGUGUGUGUGUUUGAGCACAAAGGCCUUUGUACAUGUUUGUGCAUUCACAAGGCGGCCAACCUUUGACCCAGGUAAUCUUUGAACACAUCCCGGAGCGACCCGUUCAGCUCUUUCUGGUGUGUGUGUGUGUAGGAGAAAGAUUGUUUAUACUCUGAUAUAAGACAAUAUAAUGUAAUGUGUUAGAUGAAUGUUUUAGGUUGUGUAUUUGGGGAAUGCUGUAGGACUUUGUGCAUGUAAAAACUCACGAUAGAGGAGUUGUGCCUCUGGGUGGCCCUCAUGUGUCUGCGUGCAUGAAUGUGUGUUUUUGAUUGUGUCGAUGUACACGGACGACAAGUUUUGAUUUGUACUCAUGCACCUGACGCAUAAUGUGACUAGCCAUAAAUGUUUAUUUGAACACAAGCUUAGAAUGAAUGUAUGUUCAUGUACAAUACUUGUUCCAGGAAGGCUGUGUUUGUGAGUGAGAGAGAGAGAGAGAGAGAGAGAGAGCGAGAGAGAGAGAGAGAGAGAGAGAGCGAGUGUGGGUGCGAGAGGGACACACCUGAAGGGUGGGAUAGUUGUUCAGCAUAAUAAACUCUUUCUAGAUUA